AUGGAAUCUGAUAGAGAAGGGCAAUCUUUGGAAAUAUUUUCAAAUGUAGACAUUGCCAAAAACGAGGAAUCAUUAGAACAAUAUUUAAAGUCUAAUAAAGACGUGCCAAGAAGUAAUCAGAGUCAACAUGUAGAUUAUGAAAAUCUAGAUAUUGAUCUUGUUAAAUUUUUAGAAAAUUCAAUGUCUGAAAACAAAUAUCAAUUAUUUUGGAUUUCACCCAGUGAACUAAGAAACCAACAAAAAAUUUUUGGAACGGCCAGACUUUCUGCCAAGUAUUCUGCAGAAUGGACUUAUUUACAUAAAACUGGAGCAAGAACAAAAAAGUUUAUAGAUUGGGGUGAGCUAAUUGAUGUUUCAAAAAUCGAUGGAGGUUAUUUUGGAUUCAUAUUUAAUGCUUAUUGGAUAAAGACGCAAAAUUUUGUCAUUUGUAAGGCAUUGACCAACUUGAAAGACAUAAACAACAAAUACUAUACUGCAUUUGUUCAUGAAUUAACAAUGCAAACUAAAGCAGAUCUUUGUGAAAAUGUCGUUCGAUUUUUGGGAGUCAGUAAAGAUGAUAUCAAUUCUCGAUAUUUUCUUAUAAUGGAAUAUGCAAAUGAUGGGAAUUUACGGAAGUACCUUGAAACAAAUAAUCAUUCAUUGACUUGGAGCAGAAGACUAGAGCUUGCCUUUCAAAUUACGAAAAGAUUAAAUUUUAUGCAUAGCGAAAAUAUUAUUCACAGAGACUUGCAUGAUAAAAACAUUGUUAUCCAUGAUGGCAAAGCAAAAAUAACUGAUUUUGGAAACGCUAUAAGUCUAAAUACACAAACAAAUAUACUCGACGAUGUACACGAAUUGUUAGAAGGAAUAUUAAGCUUUAAAGACUUUAAUAAUGAAAAUAGCCUAAAAACUUCACCAAAACAAACAUAUUCGGCUAAAAUCACUGAUUCAGGAGCUCAAUACCUUUCUAUCGACGACGAAAUGAAGCGAAAUAUUGAAUAA